UGUCGCUUAUUUACUCUCCAACUCCUUAGAAUCCAUAACGCCAGAAAAAAGAAGAGGUGAAGAGAGAGACAGCAAGCCAUAGGGAGAGAUGGAGAGCUCCGGCUGCGUGGGAUUAAUGGCUGUGGUGGCGAUUUCAAGCAGUGUGGCCCUCGUCGUCCUCCAAUUCCACAAACGCCUUGUUUCAGAUUUCAUGAAAAAAGCAGAACUUGAGCUCUGUGGAGAGAAGAGUAAGCGGCCGAAGAAGAAGGUAAGAUUCGCCGCCGAUGUGGUGGAGCCGUCGACGGAUAACAAGGAGUAUAGGAGGAGAAGGAGAUCGAGCCGAGACGAAGAGAUUGUGAUGUCCAGGAGCUUUUGACGUUCUUCUUGUAAGUAAUUUUGAUUCUGUAAUUGCUAGGGUGGGUUUUAUAGCCGUUAGGAUACUUUAAAUUGAAAGAAACUCUUUUCUUUUUGUUUUUCGAUAUUAGUUUAGCUAUAUAUAAUGUUAUUAUGAAUUAAUUGCUGUGUUA